GUGGCGACUGAGGCAGAACAAACACCAUCGUCCUUCCCUCCUCGAACACCCCAGCUCUUGCUAUCCUGAAACUCGAUGCUACGAACAUACCCACCCUCCGGCUCAUUCUAGCUCCCGCCACCGCUCCCACGCACCCGGCUCAUUUUAGCCUCCACCCCCAUGGCCACUGCUACAGGAAUCUCUCUUCGCUUCUCUCCUCGCUUCUUCCCAUUCCUCCCAAAAAUCUCUCCUCUUCUUCCUUCCCCUCUCUUCUCCACCCUCCCUUCUAAAACCCUAGCUCUAACCCUAACCCUAGAUUAUUCGAAUAUCUCGUACGGACCUUCUCUCCACAAAGGCUCCAAUCCAAGUCACCCUCUCCCCAAUCUCUCCAGCUCCUCCGAAGACGACGGCAAUUCGAUCGACAGAGACGCCUUCUCUCGAACCUUCUGCAUCGCUGCUCUCCGUGUCCCCGCAGACUGCUGCUUCGCCCUGGAAAACCGGCUGCGGGGCCACCUUUUGAACUGGCCCCGUGUCCGCAAUGUCGCCAGAGUUCCCGGUGACGACAUCGACCCCGAUUUCAAUUCCAGACUACUUCCUCAGAGAGCUGAAUGCGACGAGGAUGGGAUCUUCGACUCCGUGAACCGGCGUAUUUACGGGAAUGCUGCCGGCGAUGGUGAGAAAUUGAGCCCUGUUUUGUAUCGAGAGAAGCUUGUGAAAUCAUUCAAUUGCCGUGGGUUCUUGAAAUUCAGGAACCUCGCGAGGAUUUCACGGCCGAAGAUGAAGAAUAAGAGGAAGAAAGAGGAGGGAGGGGACGGGCCUAAGAGGAUUGGGAAGAACGAUUUUGUUACUGUGGAAGUUGUUGGGAAUAGUGGGGAUGAUGAGGAUUUGAGUGGAUUGCUUGGAGAUGAUUUUAAAGGGGGGAGGUGGCGUGGCCCAACCAGGCUGCUGCUUUUAGACGAGAGGUACGCAGACAGAGGAGAAGAAGAACUGCCAGAGGCCGUCAAGGCUGUGUUAAAAGGAGAUGCCAUGCACAGCGCAACUUCAGUAUUUGAGCUUGUCCAAUGUAGACUGACCUUAUUUUAUAACUACUGGCACACAAAUGAGAUCUUAGAGGCCUUGCUGCCCAAGGGUUUGAUUGUUCCUACAGCUUUUGAAACAGUUGGCCAUAUUGCUCACUUGAACCUGAGAGAUGAACACCUUCCUUACAAGGAAGUUAUCGCUCAGGUUGUCCUAGACAAAAACAAGCCAAAGAUACAGACAGUUGUUAAUAAGAUUGAUACCAUUCAAAAUGAUUACAGAACAAUGCAACUUGAAGUUUUAGCAGGCAACCAUUCCCUUGUAACCACAGUUGUUGAGAAUGGAAUUCGUUUCCAUGUUGACUUAGCAGCAGUGUAUUGGAACUCAAGACUAGCAACUGAAAGGCAACGGCUUAUUAACAGCUUUACUAACAAAGAUGUUGUUUGUGAUGUUUUCUCUGGUGUUGGUCCAUUAGCUGUUUCUGCAGCAAAGAAAGUAAAGUAUGUGUAUGCUAAUGACCUAAACCCUUCUGCCAUUGAAUAUCUGGAAAGAAACAUUGUUCUCAACAAACUUGAGAGGAAAAUUGAGGUAUAUAACAUGGAUGGGAGGAGGUUCAUUGAUUCUAUAUUUUCAAGUGAAGGGACCGAGCCUAUCACCCAAGUAGUUAUGAAUUUGCCAAAUGAAGCUGCAGAAUAUCUUGAUACAUUCAGGGGCAUAUAUAGAAGGAAACCCAAGGUCAAGCAGAUUGAUACUACCCUGCCGAAGAUUCAUGUCUAUGGAUUCUCCAAAGCUCAAGAUCCUGAGUUUGAUUUUCAUGAGCGGAUAAGAACGUCGCUCACCGAGGUGGCAGUUGAUGUCGAGAUGCAUAGAGUUCGGCUUGUCGCGCCUGGAAAGUGGAUGCUCUGCGCAUCUUUUGUCCUUCCUGAGAUUAUUGCCUUUGCAAGAUAUUAACCCACGAAGAACAUCUCAACAAUAUUCAUGAAAGGCAACCAUCUCAUCUCUGAUAUUUUCUUUUAUGUACAAGGAAGAAGACUCUGCACAGUGUGCACUUGUGAGUUGGUGAUUGCUCAUUUCCCACUGUCCAAAGACAUGGGUGAAUAAUUUAUGAUAUCCCAUUUCAAAAUUCCCUUUUGAGGUAUGUGGUGGAACCCCAUCCUAUCUUUGGGAUUGUGGGAGAUGUGUAUGCUCUGACCCCUCGUGGGUCGGGUUCUUGUACAAAUUCCAGUGUAUCGUGUUCCAUGAAUGGAAGUGGUGUUUUUGGUGUAUUAGUAACUGGCAGAUGUACGAAGGUUUUCCAUUGAAAUUGUUCAAUUAAACAGAUAAAAUCUUGCUGGUGA